GACAAUUUUUUCUCAAGUUCUUAGGUAUUUGUUUUCUAGCCUAAGAAUGGAAACAAUUAUGGUGUGAUUUUUUGGAUAAUGUCGAGGCUGCUACACUGUUGAUUCCAAAACAACGCGCGGGAACGGAAGCAAUCAUGUCAGUGAACGAGCCGCGUAAUAAUUUCCUGCUGGAGCUGCUUGCCAAGUUGCAGUUUCUUUGUUCUUGUGAUUCGUCUGCGCUCCCUGAUCACCAAACGCAAGAAGAGGUGGCUGAAGGCCGCGAUGCCGAUGUCAAUGUCGUCGCCGAGGAUCAUUGGAAAAACAUUAAUGGGGAUGGGCCUGCAGCAAUUUCUUGUUCUUCAGGAACCACCAGAAACACUGACAACGCGGAGGACGAGGCGCCACCGGUCGUUUCCGAUGCAGAAGCAAAAGAGCAGAUGCAGAAGAAUUCACUUCGUGACGACAUCAACGGUGCAUCUUCCGAACCCGACGUGCACGUGCUCAUGUCUUCCGAGUGCAGCGACAGCUCAGUAGCUCAGCAACUGCAGCAGGAAAGAGUAAGAUCUUUCGCGUUUUUUCUUGGUGUUACGGGCCCGGUGAAGUUUCUCAAUAUUGCGGGGGACGAGCUGUUGACACUUGGGCAUGAUCAGGUAGCUCAGCGGAUAUACGAUGCAAAGGAGUUCUCUGAAAAAAUCUUGUUGGAGCAGUUUCGCGAAAAUUCGUUGCACGAAUCCGGCAAGAGCGACGACUCGCAUGUGCUGCUGGACGAGUACAAAUCCAUUCUGGAAGAGCAUUCAAUUACGUCAAUGCAGCAUCCAACGCCGAAACAAGCAGAAGCUUCUUUUCAGUCCUCGGAUGCGCAGGGGGUACAAUCACAGUCGGAGUGCGAACUACAUGCGAAAACCCAAGGGGAACGUUCGGCCCGUCUUUACUGUCAAGUGAUGGAGGUGCAGGUGCAAACGCUCGACGCAGACAAGAGAAUGUUGCGUAGUUUGGCGAACUGCCUGAAUGCGCUUCCAGACGAGCUGCAGGUUGUGAAACGCUGCAUGCUGCAGACCUCGAAAAACAAUUUCGACUUCAUGCAGGAGUUCAUCCGUGCAGAAAAAAUUCGAAAACGCAUUGCGAUUGCCGCAAGGAAAUCGGAGUAUUAUAGCUGCAACGCUGGUACAGCUCCACGUACGAACGGCGACGCAGUACUCGGUGAAACCGACAUGCCGUUUGAGACGGAGUGGCGUGAGUGUUCGGAAGAAGCUCAGCAGAUGCGGGACCGCAUCACGAACCUCGGGGAACACUUGUAUCUAUCCGGUCGGGAAGUGUACGGCAACGUGCUCUCUGCAAUUUCUCAGUCUGUUGUUGGAAGCGACGCUCUGGUGCAACCCGCUCUAUUGCAGGUUUUUCUGGACACGACCGGAAACUACCAAGUGUUCAUCGACGGCGAGUCGGCCGGCCUGCUUUCGAACUUGAAACAGUGCGACGUUGGCGCAGCCUGGGCGUACGACUUCUGGUGGCAUACGAAUGCUUGUGCUUCGGGAACAGAUCUUGUGAUGGGCCCGCACGAGCUGCAAGGCGGAGCUUACUGGACCACCGAGAACGGCUCGUCGUUUCGAUUACUCAUAUCCGGCGAGGUGGAGGUUGACCGGUCCAGCACCGACAUUUUGCGCAGUAGUCUGAAUAUCUUGUCGAGGCUGCUACGGUUAGCGACCGCUCCGACCAGGCUGGUUCGUGCCCAACUCGCCCUGACCGAAAACAAGUACAGAGAUCCGGUACCGGAGGCAGAUCUCGAUAUCAUGGAUUCCGCACUGCAGGCUUUGAAAACAAAUUUUCCGCGUGGCUUCGUACUCGCCCCGUACCUAGCGGCUGGGGAGAACGAUUUAACCUGUAUCCUGGUCGAGGACGAGAAAGAUGCGGGACGCGACGCAGACCAGAACGCCAGAUUUGCAAGCGAAAGGGACGAGGGACACGAUGCGGGUUUCGGAAUGGAUGAUAUCAAUCAAGAAGUGCCGCCGGACUUUUCUGACGAGGAAGCCGGCGAAGAAGAAGACUCGUUGCUAUUGGAAAGCGAAAGUUGUGGUGGCAAAAGAACGAAAUCAACAGCAAGCGGUUCUUUCGACGACUUGUUUACCAACAGAGUGAAGGAGCAGUUGUAUACGGUAAUCCUGAACGGAAAUCAUCUGGAUGCUGCGCACCUCGAGCUGCCGGACAUGAAGUUCGGGAUCGAGAAGUAAGCAAGCAUUCAUCGUGACGAGCGUGUCAGGAUGCAGUACCAAUGUAAGUUUGUUCCCGAGCGGUUCUGCAGGUACUCCUGACAAAUUAAUUAAAUAAUACGCUCCAGCUGCUGCGUCAUUGUCCUAAUUCUUUUCGCUUUUCAAAAACAAUAACAACAACUUCUACCUCUGUCAUUGGCAUUGCACAAGUAUUUGUUUGUCCGCUAUGUUGUCACUAUGGACCAUAGUUUUUGGUUUCUUUCAAUGUAUUGCAAAUUCGUGGAUAUCUUUAUUGACCUGCCGACGACGUCGCGUUCAUCGCUAAAACAAUCUAAACUUAAGGACGACCCGUUUCACGUUUCUUCCACUAGCACUACCCACCUGCCUAUUGAAACGUAGAGUUGAGCUCUAGAUGUCAAAAAUAUGUACCCUCGGCCUCUAACAGAUGGAACGAUCAGGUUCUAAAACUGAAUAUCAAAAUACGAAACUGGAGCAUUUUAUGCGUACUUGUAAGAUAAAGCAGCACAACGGUGAAGAUGAAGAAUUUAGACAUGAUGCAAAUCUAGAAGUAGCCUGUUGUUUUCUUCGACGAGCAAUUAUGAUUAUCUUCGAAUUCGAUUUAUUCGAUUGUAUUAUAAAAUAGAUCCUAGAUGAACCCUCGUCGUAGUUCUUGUUCGACGACUGAUUCAGUGCCAGAAGCGGAUGAUGAUUGACAAUUAUGAAUCUUUUGUAUACCAGUCGAUAUCAAGUACCUCAU